CUCCUCCUUCCCACCACAUAUUUCAUUGCUCUUAUGGAAGAAUAAAAUGGUGAGAGGCGUCUUCCAGUCUCAUUCUCUCUCCAGGCUGUAAGAGGACUGUAUCGCAUUGUGGGAGCAGCACUGGCAGCUGCUGCUGGUUUUCACCUCUUCAGACUCUCAUUUGUAAAAAAUUGAAGGCUUUCUCCGUUUGACAAUGAUGAAGACUGAAGGCAAAGGAGACAGAACUUUAAGAAGUGCCUCUCCACACAGAAAUACCUAUAAAACUGAUUUUCAUGCAAUUAAGUGCAGUUUUGAUUCAGUGAAUACUGAUAAUGCUUCCAACAAGUCUAAUCCUCAGCAAAGGUUGUCCAACUCAUCCAAUGGGGAAGGUAAUGAUCCACAUGUUCGUGGCAGAGCUGUCAACUAUGGCAACAGAGUACACAAGAUCAAAAACAUGUUCAUGCAGAUGGGUGGUUCUUCCAAUUCACCAUGUUGUGAAAACACUUCACCCUCUGAGCCCCGAAUUAUUAAUAAAAUAACUUCAGCUGAUCUUGCACUUCCUCCUCCUAGUAGCCCAUCUUACCUCUGUGUUCAAAAAAAUAACCUACUCAACAGUGGUUCUUUUUCUAGUUCCCAGGAUCCUUUACCUGCAGGUUCAUUCACUGAUAAAAUUAUCUGCAGCAAAGAAGAGGGAAAUUUAGACAAAGCUACACUAGCAGAGAAGUUUUCUGAGACCAGGAAACUAUUUGAAAGGAACAUUAAAAAACCAAGUUCAUUGGAUAGAAGUACUCCCAUUAAAAAUGAAAGGAUUGAAGACAGAAGACGACAUGGUUCUACUUCUUCUGAUUGCAGUAGUGUGACCGAUCAAUUUAAUUUCAAUACUGAUGUAACUUCUCAGGUUGCUGUGGAUAAAGCAGAGAAUCAAGAAAAUAGUGAUCAAAAGGUACAGCAAUCUACUGGCAGUUGUAAAUCCUCUUCACUGAAUGCAGGACCUAUUUCUCGAAGACUGGAGAGUUUCUUGGCUGACGUUGACAAUGACGACUUCAAAGAUACUUUGAAAACUAAGGAUAUCCCAAACCCUCUCCAAACAGCGUUCUGCAGCUGGGAAUCGCCAGUAGUUAGGAAAGAAGAAUAUUUGCAGCAAAAUCAGCCUGUUGCAGAGUCUUCCCUUUUGAUAAGCAGUACUUCUACCGAAUGGAGUGAGUUAAGUGAUGCAACUGAAGUAACUUCCCAAACAGAUCAAAUUUCCGAAAGGGAGCAACAAUAUAAAACCAGCAUAUGCUCUAAAGUGGAUAGAGCCCCUAUAAAAAUUUCCCAAGUAGAAGUAGCCAGAGCUGAACUGAUCAUGGUGCAGAACAAAACUUUAGGGGAUAACAAUGAAAUCACUGGGGAGGUUAAUGUAUUUCAGAAGGAAAAAUCACUCAGAUUUCCAAGUUGGGAAGAUGAGAAAAAUGACUGGACAUUUGAAGAAACUGAAGACUCUAAUGAGGACAGUGCAGUUAAUCAAAAAGGAGCAAGAGAGUUAGUGUUUCUGGACAAAGUUCAAGAACAAGAGCAGGUCAAUGUAAAACCUGUAGGGGAUGGUGAAGAGGAAGAACAAGAACAGAGAAAGAAGUUUAAUGGGGUUUCUUCCAAUGCUUUUGGGAUAGAGAAUGCAGCUUUUGAUGAUGACAGAGAACCAGAACUACUUAGUCAGGGCCCUGAAAGAGAAGAAACCUUGCAAGAGGAGGAAUAUAACUAUAAUAGUGAUUACGAGGAACUUUCUGGACUUUCUGAGGAAGAAGAUCCUGAUCCAGCUAGAAAAGUGAAGUUUUCUACAGCCCCAAUCAAGGUAUUCAGUACUUACUCAAAUGAAGACUACGAUAGACGCAAUGAAGAGGUGGACCCUGUGGCCGCAUCAGCGGAAUAUGAACUUGAGAAAAGGGUGGAAAAAAUGGAGGUUUUUCCUGUGGAAAUUGAAAAAGGUGACAAUGGCUUGGGUAUCAGUAUAAUAGGAAUGGGUGUUGGUGCAGAUCAGGGACUGGAAAAAUUGGGUAUAUUUGUAAAAACAAUAACUGAAGGUGGCGCUGCUCAGCAAGAUGGCCGAAUCCAAGUAAACGAUCAGAUUGUUGAAGUUGAUGGGAUAAGUCUGGUGGGGGUAACCCAGUUUUUUGCAGCAACUGUAUUAAAAAAUACAAAAGGCACAGUCAGGUUUCUGAUUGGAAGAGAAAAACCAGGAACUCAGAGUGAAGUAGCUCGCCUUAUCAGCGAGACAUUGGAACAAGAGAGAUACUUAUAUGAGCAACAAUAUGCCCAUGAAACAGAACAGGAUGAAGAUUAUGAUGAAGAUGAACUUUCUUUUGAAUCACAUUUGCAAGAAAAAUCAGUAGAAGUAUUUUAUCUUCCCGAAAAUGAAGAUAUUAAUUUCCCAUUAGACAUGGAUUCUACACAAUUCAUGCUGAAAUUUAAAGAGUUACAAUUAAAACAUGCAGUUACAGUAGCUGAAGUUAAUCAACUUAAGGAAAAGCUAAAAACAACAGAAGCUGAAAAGGUUGAAUGGGAGCUAAAGAAAUCACAGCUCCAGGAAACUAUAGAUGAGAACAAAGAAAAAAUUAAGAAAUUAGAAACCUACUGGUUAGAAGCCCAAAGUUUAUGCAAAACACUAAAUGAGCAUCUUAAAGAAACUCAAGAACAAUAUGAUGUGCUGGAAAAAAAGUAUAACAAAGCAAAGAAGUUACUCAAAGAAUAUCAACAGAAAGAAGUAGAACUCAUGAUAAAAGAAGAUCAUACAAAAAUUAUGGAAGAAAACAAUCAAGAACAUGCAAAUCAAUUAAGAAUUUUGCAGGAGAAGAUCACAGAGCUUGAAGAAAAAUUAAAAAUAUAUGAGAAACUCCCCUAUAUGUUUGGAAAUGGUAUUUUAUUUGACUCUGUCACACCAAAUACUGAACAACUGGCAGAACAUUUUGAAAUUAAGGAUGAUAUGCAGGAAAUUGAAUCUUCGGUGGAGAAAUUAGAUUUUUCUGAUUUUGAUACCUUUGUUGGAGACCCACCAAGGUUAGAUACAAGUGCUCAUAAAGCUAAGGCACAGCUUGCCUUGAAAGUAAAACGUCAGCCACCUUCUCGGUCAAAGCUAAAGGAAUCUCUUGGUGCCAAACAAACAGAUAGAAACUCACAGGAUAUUAAUGAUGAUACAAAAGAAGAUACCUUGAGUAAGUUCUCAGAUGUGACAGAAAAGGUCAUUUCAUCAGAGCAAAGUGAUACAGAUACAAAAAAUGAUAAAUUGGAAUGUGCUGAAAACAGUGACCUUUCAUUAGAACCAAGUCCACCAGUUUCUGUGCACUCUUCUCCAGUGUAUAAACUGCAGACAGAAGACAUUGCUGGAAUAUCUCAGUCACUACCUACUGAUGAUUCUGCUCCAAAUUCUCCUGGAUAUUGCCGAAAUAUUAAGCAAAGAGAAUCAAAAGGAAAGGGGAAAGUGAACAAAGAUGACAAAAGAGCUGAAGAAAAGGCUGAAUCAGGAGACGGUUCUUCUGUGGGAAAAUCCAAAAGACGUUUUCCAGAUUUUGGGGGCCUAAGAAAAUCAGGUGGUAAAGGCAAAAAGCAAGAAAAAGAAAAUGCAAGAGGCUCUCUGGACAGCAGAGGUUCCCGAGAAUUAUUGGAAGACCCUGACAACAAUUUAUCUGCCUCAGAUUCCGAUUCACCUAUUCCUACUUGUAUGCCUUUCUCUUGGUUUGGAGACAGCCAUAAGGAACAUAGCUCUAGUAGCACCCUGAGUUUUUCUCAGGGUGGGCAGGAUAUUGCCAUUGAACAAAGUCAAGAGAAGACCAGAAGCAAGACCAUAGAUGAUGAACCUUCAGCUACUGGAAAACAAAACCAGUGGCACAACAGGCCCAUUUCUGAAUGGACCACACAACAGGUCUGCCAUUGGCUAAUGGGAAUGAACAUGGAGCAGUACAUCUCAGAAUUCACAAGCAAAAAUAUUGAUGGGCAACAGUUAAUGCUGCUCGACAGUGAAAAGUUGAAGGCUUUAGGAGUAUCCAGUCAAAAUGACCGAUCAACAAUAAAGAAAAAAAUUAAAGAUAUUAAAAAAACACAAGAAAAACUGGAGAAACAGAAAGAAAAGUUUCAGAAGAAAGAGAAGGAAGUGCGGAAAACUGGCAAAUUGGUGGCUGCCGUGGAAUCAAGCUGCUAACAUGAUUUGAUGCCAUACUACUUUCUUCUAGAAUAGCUGGAACUAAAGUAGAGCUAUACCGAUAUAAUGCUUCAGUCUUUAUUGAAUAAGGAUCCAACUUGAGAAAAUGUAACAACUGUAUAUUUCUGUACAAUUAUGGAGGGAAGAAAAUGGUAGUUUUACAGUAACAAACUUAGUUUACCUCUGAUUUCUAUAGUCCUUUCCCAUUUAUACAGUUGCAUUAAAAUAUUUUCAAUUUUUAUAUUUAGAUUAUUAACCUGUACUAAUGGAUAUUAAAUUAACUAUUUUUUAAGAAAUAUGUAUAUACAGUAUGUGUCUGGCUAAUUCCCUGAAGUGUCUUUGGAAGUGGCAUAUACAAUUUAUUAAAACACAAGAUGUGAUACAAAUUACAGUAUAACGGGUAUCUGGUGAACAGAUGCUAUUAGGACAUUAUAUUCUGUUGGAGAUAGUUUGUUGCCCAUAGUAUUGUAUAGAGAGAAAUUAAGUUUUAAAAAGUAAUAGAAAAUUAAUUUAAUCUAAUGUAAUGAAGUGUUUACAAUCUGUAUUUUUCAGAGUUCAUUUUAAUUUCAAAGCAUUGUAAUAAUAUAAUUCGUUAAUAUUUUCUAAAAUACUUUUUCUAUGUUUUUAAUAUGUUAAGCAUGACUUCAAAAGUUAUCUUUUAUAUACUUUUGUAUACAAUGUUUUUAUAGUUCAUGUGAUAAAUGUCAGAAUGCAUAACCCUUUCCUACUUAAAUGUUUGGGGACCAAAUUAUAUUUUUGAUGAUUUUUACAUGCUGUUGGUCUUCUAGAUUUACAAUUUCCAGAUAGAAUUACUCUCUCUCUCUCCAUUUAAAUUAAACAUGAGGUAUCUGCAUUAUACAUAUUUACACUGUAGACUUCAAACAUGUUUUUGUUUUCAUGAAUAAUUAUUUGUUCUCCAGAAUGGUGUAAAUCACAAUUGGAUUUGCCAUUGAGCAGCAGCACAAUCUUUUGUAAAAUACACUUAUCUUAGAAUGACACUUUUGAAAAACGGAAUAAAUUUUGUUCAAA